AUGGCUUUGGAUAAUUUUAUAUUUGCCCAGUGCAUCCUGUAUUUUCUUGCGUUUGUUUUUGGCUUCAUAGCUGUAGUGCCUCUUUCGGAAAACACAGAAGAUUUUCAGGGAAAAUGUCUGCUUUUUACUCGAGGAAUGUGGCAGAAUGAAAAUAUCACGGUGUCCAAGCAGCGUUUCAUUGUAGACGAAUGGGGACCACCAUCGAACUGCAGUUUCAUCACAUUUGUGGGGAUAGCCUCCCUUAUCUUAUCCGCAGUUCAAGCUUGGAGGCUACUCUUCUUUCUUUGCAAAGGUCACGACGACUCCAUCUUCAACGCGUUCCUGAACCUUUUGAUCAGUUCGCUUGUGGUUUUCGCCGUAUUCCUGUCCAGUACAAUCGUUAGUGUGGGCUUUAACCUGUGGUGUGAUGCUAUUACCGAGGGAGGCACCAUGCCUAGCAGCUGUGAAGACCUACAGGACACUGAUCUGGAGCUUGGUUUAGACAACUCUGCGUUCUAUGAUCAGUUUGCCAUUGCACAGUUUGGGCUCUGGGCUUCUUGGUUAACCUGGCUUGGAAUCACUGUCAUGGCUUUUCUGAAAGUUUACCAUAACUACAGACAGGAGGACCUGCUGGACAGCCUGAUCCAUGAGAAAGAGUUCCUACUGGGCCGUUCCUCUCGCCGCUGCUCUGACCUGGAUGAGAAAAGUGGCAUGAUCUAA